AAAAGUAUUGGGAGGCGCUGAUUAAGUCAAAGUAAAGAAACGUAAACGGAAACGCAACCGUAAAACCUUCACUGUCUCUCAUGCUCCAUAGAUAGUCGCAGUUGCAGCAAAACCCAAUUUGCAAUACAAACAAGAAAACGCAGACAAUGGGCACAGAAUCGGCGGCCACGCCCACUUGCGAAGACGUCCCCAAACUCCUCACGGCUUUCGUCGAAACCUUCAUCGACUUCUCCGUCAGCGGCGGUCUCUUCCUGCCCCCAAACCCUAACCCUCUCAAUUACGAAACUGCCCCUGACGAUUCUCUACCCUCGCCUCCGUUGCGGACCCGCUACCCGGCCCCGAUGGGCCGUCUGGUCGCGAUCGGCGAUCUCCACGGCGACCUCGAAAAGUCCAAGGAGGCGCUCAGGCUCGCCGAUCUGAUCGACGCUUCCGACGAAUGGAUAGGCGGGUCGGCCACCGUGGUACAGAUCGGCGACGUGCUCGACCGCGGCGGCGACGAGCUCAAGAUCCUGUACUUCCUGGAGAGACUGAAGCGGCAAGCGGCGAGGACCGGCGGGACCGUGAUCACCAUGAACGGCAACCACGAGAUCAUGAACGUGGAGGGCGAUUUCCGGUACGUGACGAAGGAGGGUUUGGAGGAGUUUGAGGUUUGGGCGGAGUGGUACCGUGUGGGGCAAGCAAUGAAAGGUCUUUGCGAGGGUUUGGAAAAGCCCAAGGACCCAUUGGCUUUUCGCGGCCUCAGAGAUUCCGAUGAGGCUUUCAGAGCGAGAAUCGCCGCGCUACGGCCCAGUGGGCCGAUAUCGAGGCGGUUUUUGUCCCAGAACGCGACGGUCUUGGUUAUCGGAGACUCGAUUUUCGUCCACGGCGGGCUUUUGGCGAAACAUGUUGAGUAUGGGUUGGAGAGGAUGAAUGAGGAGGUGAGGGAUUGGAUCAAUGGGUUGGGGCAGAAACACGCACCAAGGUAUUGUAGGGGCAGGGAUGCGGUGGUGUGGUUGAGGAAGUUUUCGGAAGAGUUGGCGAAGAAUUGCGAUUGUUCAGCUCUUGAACACGUGCUCGCCACAAUUCCGGGGGCUAAGAGAAUGAUAAUGGGGCAUACGAUUCAGGAGGUUGGGAUCAAUGGUGUUUGUGAUAACCGGGCGAUACGGAUUGAUGUUGGUAUGUCGAAGGGGUGUAAUAAUGGGUUGCCGGAGGUUUUGGAGAUUAGAGGGGAUUCUGAGUUGCGGAUUUUGACGUCUAAUCCGAUGUAUGAGAACAAGUAUAAAGUUUCUUUGCAUAGUGAGAGGAAGGAAGGCCUUGGGUUGUUGAUCCCGGAUCGUGGACCGACACAAGUGGAAGUGAAGGCCUAAGAGUUUGAGUAUCUAAACCUUAUAAUUGUAUCUCAUUGGAACUUCAUUUGGUGGUCUAUAGAACUGUAAAUCUUUGCUUGAAAUCAAUUGUUGUUGUAGGAAAUUAGACCAGGAAAAACAUAGCUGUAGGCUGUAGCAUUCUGAGCAUUUGAAAAUAUGAAUUUAACUCUCAUUUCAAAUAA